CCUACGUGCUGGACGCCCCUGCCCGCGGAGCCCGCUGCGAUGGACGCCCCCCGGAACCCGCAGAGCUCUCAAGACUUGUCAGAGGCCCUGAAGGAGGCCACGAAGGAAGUCCACGCCCAGGCGGAAAAUGUGGAAUUCCUGAAGAACUUUCAGAAGGGACAGGUGUCUCGAAGCGGCUUUAAGCUGGUGAUGUCGUCUCUGUAUCACAUCUACGGGGCUCUGGAAGAGGAGCUGGAGCGCCACAAGGCCCACCCGGCUCACGCUCCCGUCUACUUCCCGGAAGAACUGUCCCGCCAGCCGGCCCUCCGGGAGGACAUGGAAUACUGGUACGGCCCCAGCUGGAGGGAGGAGAUCCCCUUCCCCGAGGCCACCCGCAAGUACGUGGCCAGGCUGCGGCAGCUGGGCCGCGAGGAGCCCGAGCUCCUGGUGGCCCACGCCUACACGCGCUACUUGGGAGACCUCUCUGGGGGCCAGAUCCUGAAGAAGAUCGCGCAGAAGGCCCUGCACCUGCCCGGCAGCGGGGAGGGCCUGGCCUUCUUCAGCUUCCCCGCCAUCGCCAACGCCACCAAGUUCAAGCAGCUCUACCGUUCUCGCAUGAACUCCAUCGAGAUGAGCCCCGAAACCAAGAUGAAGGUCCUCGAGGAGGCCCGGGCCUCCUUCCUCUUCAACAUCCGAGUGUUCGAAGAGCUGCAAGAAUUGGAGUCCCAGAGUGCUGAAAAUGACACCAAGCAGCAGAAAGCAGAGCUGCGCAAGAGAAGCAACGACAAGGUGCAAGGUUCGGCCUCCGGGAAAGGGAAUGAGGAAUCCCAGAAGCAGCCUCACGUCCUCUCCCCCGUGCCCUUCCUGCGAUGGAUCCUGACCUUCAGCUUCCUGGUGGCCACAGUCGCCGUGGGCUUUUACGCCAUGUGAAGAGGGGUGAUCCCCGGCUUCUCUCCAUCGCCGACAGACUAUCCCCAUUGGAGACCCCGUUUCCGCUCUGGACGCUCCCUCCCAAUCUUGCCCGUUCCCCCGGCAGCGUAUCUGGGACAUCUGGAAUGAUUUUGAUUUCUAAAAGAACCACUCCGUCUUCCGGCCAAGGAGGCUCCUCUGCCCUGAACUUUAUGAAGCGGGACGUAAAAGUCUCGAUGCCAGACGCCCAGUUCUGGCACUGCUUCUCUCCGUUCCUGCAAAGAGCCUGAAACGUCAGUGCCAAUGUAGCAACUUCUCCGGGUCUGCCGCCACAUUUUGGGCCACAGGCUGAUCUAACCCCUCUCCUCCUCACCGUUUGCCUUUUCGGUUUCACCUUAAAAUGUUAAAGACUGUUUUCCACCAAGGCUCUGUGCUAUUCACUGGUCUCUUUGGGAGAGAGGGAUUUUGUUUGUUUGUUUUUUAACCACACCUGUUUUGAUAUGUCCCUGUCUCCUUUUCCCUGUGUAAUUUAUAUGUAUUAAUAAAUUCCAUUGUUUAACAGAU